UUGCAAUGGCUUUUGGCAACAAAAUGAAAAAUAAAAUCUGUAGACUGUUGUGUUUGUAAGGCUGCCCUCUUGGUAAUGUUCUGUGUUAGUAAGGGCCCUUGUUUUCCUUCAAAACAGCAAUAUUUCAUCACCAUUUCAUUCUUAUUUUAGUAGCUUUUAUAUCAAAAUGCAAAGUUAUGAAACUGAAGAAAAACACUGCAAUGCUUUCCCUUUCCUAAUGAUUCUUGUCUUAAUAAGUAUCUGUAACAAUCUUUCUUCCCUGCCAUGACACCUGCUAAGUUGGUGUUAGUGUUGGGAGAUCUUCACAUUCCACAUCGAUGCAACAGCCUCCCAGCCAAAUUCAAAAAACUGCUGGUUCCAGGAAAAAUCCAACACAUCCUCUGCACAGGAAACCUCUGCACCAAGGACACGUACGACUACCUCAAGACUCUGGCUGGGGAUGUUCACGUUGUCAGAGGAGACUUUGAUGAGAACCUGAAUUAUCCUGAACAGAAAGUUGUAACUGUUGGACAGUUCAAAAUUGGGCUGAUUCAUGGCCAUCAGGUUAUUCCUUGGGGUGAUAUGGCCAGCCUGGCGCUGCUACAGAGGCAAUUUGAUGUGGACAUCCUAAUUUCAGGACAUACACACAAAUUUGAGGCAUUUGAACAUGAAAAUAAAUUCUAUAUCAAUCCAGGAUCAGCUACAGGAGCGUAUCAUGCCUUAGAGAACAACAUCAUUCCUUCCUUUGUGCUGAUGGAUAUCCAGGCUUCUACAGUAGUUACAUAUGUCUAUCAACUAAUUGGAGAUGAUGUGAAAGUAGAAAGAAUCGAGUACAAAAAAUCUUAAAAAUGUCUUUCUUUGCUUGUCUGGUAUUUUUACCAUCUCAUUCUGAACUGCAAGUUACUACAAUACUUGAUUGCUAGUUUACAGUACUACACUUACUCGCUAACAGCUUAACAAUGUAGCUUAUUGGUAAUAACUUUAAAACAACAUUGUGUUUGCUUUUCUCUGUAUGAAUUGAUUUGUAAAAUAUUCCAUUAAUAUAACUGUUUAAAUACUGUUCCUUAAUGUUGUAAUAAAACUCCACUUCAUAGAAAAA